AUGAACUCCAGAAGAGGUGCUUCGAAUGGCUGUUCCUUCGUCCCGGUCAUUAAUGCCAGUGUUUCGUACUCGGUCCAUAGAAUUGCCGGCUUCGCGGUCAUCUCUCUCCUCGCCGCAGGGUUCAGUCCCAUCCUGGCUUACGGGUUGAGUCUGCUCAAUGGGAGAGGGGGCUUGGCCGGCUGGUCAUGGAUUUUCCUCGUAGAAGGCCUCAUCACGGUAGCUCUCGGAUUGCUAUCGUGGUUCUUCAUUCCAGAUGUUCCAGAGAGAAACGCCUUCUUGACGAAAGAACAGACUCACCUCGUACUGAAGCGUGUAGCGGAAGAUCGUGGCGAUUCCGUCGCGGACGAAGUGACUCUUCUGUCAGUGUUGGGGCAUCUCAAAGAUUGGGUACUUUGGGUGCAUGGGGUUAUGUUCUUCUGCUCGACGGUCCCACAAACUGCGCUAUCGUUCUUCAUGACUAUUAUCCUAAGUGGAAUGGGUUGGUCGAAAGAGAAGGCUCUACUUUUAAGUGCUCCGCCAUAUGUCCUCGCUCUAUUCAGCAGUAUGCUCUUUGCUUGGCUGUCUGAUAAAUGUCGACUGCGCGCACCUUUCAUCGCCGCUCAGGUGUUCAUCACCAUCACUGGCCUCGUAACUACGGCGUAUUCCCCAUCUCAUAGUUGGCGUUACGCUGGUAUUUUCCUCAUAGCAUCAGGGACAGCAGGGUGCAGCCCAGGUGUACUAGCUUACUCAUCGAACAACGUCAUAUCACAUUCGAAGAGAGCGGCUUCUGUGGCCCUAGUGGUUGGCUUCGGCGGAGCAGGCAGCAUUUUUGCGACUACAACAUUUCGGGAGCAAGACUCCCCUCGCUAUGUUCCUGGGCUGUGGGCCACAGUGGGCUGCCAGUUACUCCUCUUGGCCCUCCUACUUCUCACGAGCGUACAUUACUACCGGGUCAAUAGGAUUGCCCGUCACGGAGGACCCCCUGUCGAGGGCCAACAGGGAUUCAGGUAUACUCUCUAA